AUGACUUCUUUCCCGUCUAUUCAGAAACCUCUCUUUUACGUAACUUUUGAACCAAGAAUUAAAUGGAAUGAUAAUAGCAUUAUAUUGUUACUUUCUUUUUUGAAAGAAAAUAAAGAAGUACUAAAAGUAUUAGUAGAAAAUCGUGGCGGUAUUGGUGACAUUACCAUUAAAAAAGAGCUCUGGGAGCAUGCAUCAGAAGUAGUGUUCUUUGGUGCAAACAUUUACUAUAGUCCUGAUCAAUGUGAGAAUAAGUGGUGGAAUAUUAGGCGAGCUUGCAUGCGUAAUCGUAAUUAUCGAUAUAUGUCAGAAGUUAGAGAAAUCGAUCCAAGAAUUUAA